AUGGAACAGACUGCGCAACCGAGAAGUAGUUCCGAAUCUGAACUUCGCGAAAAUGUCCCUAAUGAAAACCCUGAAACGUAUUGUCGAUUAUGUUUCUCCGAAACGAAUGUUCAUCCUCUGUUCCCGCAAAAUGGAGGGCUCAUCCGUGAAAUGACGGAAAAAAUAAGAAAUUGCGCCGGUAUACAUAUCAGCGUACGAGACGACUACCCAGCGGGGUUAUGCUUUGCGUGCCUAUCAAUACUAGAUGAAAUUCACCAGUUUCAGCAUCGAAGUAAACACUGUGACGAAAUUAUUCGAACGAAACGUGGUCUGCUGGAGCAAAUCACCGUAAAAGUGGAAAUGACAGAAGAAGAUGGUGUACAUUUUGUCCCUCCUGGCGGGGGUAGUUGUACGGGCUUGGGUGCAGGUGACGACUACGCAAAUGAUGAUUGUCUUACCGAAAGCAGUAUUAUUGCAGAAGCUAUUACAAGUUUAAAUGGAAUCGGAGAACUUAUGGGUGCAUUUCACAGCAGUACCGAUUCCGCAGCUGGGCCGUUACUACUGAAAACUGAAUCAGAAGCUAGUACCGGCAAUAAGGACCAUCGAUGUAUGGUGUGUAGCAAACUGUUUCCCGAUAGAGAGGCUUGGAUGGUUCACUUAGGAGAUCACGCUGACGAACGUCCGUACCAAUGUAUGGAGUGUCUGGCACAGUUUCGUGAAAAGCGGUCUCUCGCUCGACACAUGAAAGCAGUUCACGAAGAAGUUCGCGAUCGCCAGUGCCCGUACUGUCCCAAAUCAUUUAAAUAUAGCCAUCAUCUGCGAUACCACAUACGAACUCAUACGGGUGAAAAACCGUAUGUAUGUGAAAUAUGUAACGAUUGCUUUUCCCAACAUAUACAGUGGAAACGACAUAUGGCAAAGCAUCAACAGGUUCGGAAGCCUCCGCCACCGGUACCAAUAGCACCACGCAGCGUGCCUGAAGAACGAAAAACGAUAAAGUGUGAAUUUUGUCCACGAGUAUUUUCCCGCCUUCAAGACUAUCGUCGGCACCAACCGAGUCAUAACGCACACAAUCUCAAUCUCAGUUCUUUGCAGCACCAUGCACAACUACAUCACCUCCAACAGCAACAGCAGCAACAACAACCAAAUAUACAACAAAAUCACAUCCCACAACAUCAGCUAGUGCAACAUAUACCACAUAACCACCACGUCCCACAUCAAACUACUCAUUUACCGCAACGGGAGUAA